AUCCGUCCCGAUUAAUCCUCGUCGUCUUCAUGGGAAGCUUCAUUUUCCAACCAUAUCCCCUCCUUUUCUUCUUCAUCUUCUUCGCCUCCACCACUACCCCCCACACACUCUUUCUCUAUCUCUCUCUAGAACCGUCAGACCAGAGUCGUCUCUUUGAUUUCUUGGAUUCCUCUAUAAAUCUCACUCUGUUUCUUGACUCCGGCGAUUGAAUGACGGACUACAGGCUGCCGGCGUCGAAUAUCUGGGCCCCCUCUGCUUCCGGAGACGACGCUUCCAUGUUGGAGGCGUUCUUGUCCUCCGACGUUCCCCAAUUUUGGAUUCCACCCAACAACGGCGUCACUCUGCCCACGCCGCCGCCGCCGCCGGUUAUGUUCUGUCAGGAAACCUUACAGCAGCGCCUCCAGGCCCUGAUUGACGGCGCGAGGGAAAAUUGGACUUACGCGAUUUUCUGGCAGAGCUCCGCCGAUGACUUCGCCGGCCCGGCGUUCUUGGCGUGGGGAGAUGGGUAUUACAAGGGGGAAAUUGAAGAGAAGGCCAGGAGAAGACCGAGAGUGUCCACUCCGGAGUUUGUUGCCCAGCAGGAACACCGGAAGAAAGUACUCCGACAGCUCAAUUCUUUAAUUUCCGGCUCGGUUUCCUCCGAUGACGCCGUCGACGAAGAAGUCACGGAUACAGAGUGGUUCUUCCUGCUUUCCAUGACCCAUUCUUUCGUGACCGGGUCCGGACUUCCGGGUCAGGCAUUUUGCACUUCCAAUCCGAUAUGGCUCGCCGGACCGGGGAGUCUCGCCGGCUCGCCGUGCGCGAGGUCUCGUCAGGCGCAGGGCCUCGGGCUCCAGACUAUCGUCUGUAUCCCGUCGGCGAACGGCGUCGUAGAGAUCGGAUCGACGGAUGUCAUUUUCCAGAGCUCCGAUUUGAUGAACAAGGUCCGGAUCUUGUUCAAUUUCAACAACCCUGAUAUGGGUUCGGGUCCCCUUUCCGCCUCCGGAUCUUGGGCGGCUCAGCCGGAGAAUGACCCGUCGGUACUCUGGCUCACCGACCCAACCUCCUCCGGCGCCGAAGCUAAAGAAACCGCCGAUACAAUUGUUCAUCCGAAUUCUUUUCCUUCCACCGCGACUAAGCAAAUCGUGUUCGGGAACGAGAAUCCUAACCCGGAGACCGUUCAAAUCCACCACAGUUCUCUGCAAAACGGAAUCUUUUCCGGCGGAUCGAAUUUCACCGAGUUCGGGAGAAACGGGAGCCCGUCGAUUUCCUUCAAGCCGGAGUCAGGGGAGAUCUUGAGUUUCGGAGCAAAGAAAAGCAGUUGCGGAGGGAACGAGAACAUGUUUUCCGGUCAGUCGUCUCACUUUCCGGCCGCCGCCGCCGCCGAGCCAAACCAGAGAAAGAACAAACCAACCAACUCAAGAGGGAGCAAUGAAGAAGAAGGAAUACUCUCCUUUGUUUCCGGCGUCAUCCCGUCCCAGGACAACACCAGAAGGACCACGGCAGAUUCAGACCAGUCAGAUCUAGAGGCUUCCGUGGUCCGGGCCAUGGAACCCGAAAAGCGACCCAAAAAGCGGGGCCGAAAGCCCGCAAACGGGCGAGACGAGCCGCUCAACCACGUCGAAGCCGAGAGGCAGAGACGCGAGAAACUGAACCAGAGAUUCUAUGCUCUGCGGGCCGUGGUCCCAAACGUGUCCAAAAUGGACAAAGCGUCCCUCCUGGGGGACGCAAUCACAUACAUAAACGACCUUAAGUCCAAGCUCCAAACCAUGGAAUCCCACCGAAACGACCUGAAAACCCAACUAAAGACCCUAAAGAAUGAACCCUCCAGUAAAGACUCUACCCCGCUGUCGAAGAAUCUCGGUCCAAAUAAGCCCGAGAUCACCGACAUCGAGGUCGACGUGAAGAUCAUCGGGCGGGACGCGAUGAUCCGAAUACAAUGCGGGAAAGACAACCAUCCGGCGGCCCGAUUAAUGGUUGCCCUGAAAGAAUUAGACUUAGAAUUGCACCAUGCCAGCGUGUCAGUGGUGAAUGAGCUCAUGAUCCAACAAGCCACCGUUAAGAUGGGAAGCCGGAUCUACACUCAAGAAGAACUCCGUUCAGGCUUGGCUUCGAGCAUUGCGGAAAACCGUUAAAUAAUUAACGGAGCAGUUUGUCACAUUAUUUCUUACCUUAUUGUUUGUUUUGGACUUUUGGUUUGGUGUAUAUAUAUGCUUAGAGUUUGAAUGAUGUUUUUUUGAGCAAGUUGAGGAAUUUUUUGCUCUCUCUUUCUUUCACUUUUGUAGCGAUGUGUAAUUUAGUUGUGUCUUAAUAAAAAAAAUUAGAUUCAAAUUU